AUAAACCCUUUGCCUCUUCAACUGGCUUCUGUUUUUGUAGGUGGACACAGGUCAGAGGAUUUCGAAACCUUGUCGAGGAAAAUCUGAGAAAAGUUUCACUUCAGAUGCGACCUCGAAUGUAAUUUUUCUUCCUCCCACCCCAACUGGAAGCAAGCAAUCUUUUUCUCAGCCUAACUGGAUUGUCCAGGCGACAUCACAUCGAUUAGCUUGGGCUUCGCUCCGCCCCGGCGCUCCGCUGCUUCGGGCUGGAGCGCGGCAUCCCGGAAGUGGGCUGAAGGCCUUUAGGCGUCGGCGUCGUCGACCUGGAGCAGCGGGCCGCCUGGGAGUCCCACUGCCGACAUGGCCCCCCAAGACGCGCGCUACCCCUGCUCCUCCAUCGAGGACGACUUCAACUAUGGCAGCUGCGUGGCCUCGGCCAGCGUGCACAUCCGCAUGGCCUUUCUAAGAAAGGUCUACACCAUCCUUUCUCUGCAAGUUCUCCUAACUACAGUGACGUCUGCACUUUUCUUGUACUUUGAAUCUAUACGGACAUUUGUACAUGAAAGUCCUGUCUUAAUUUUGGUGCUUUCCCUUGGAUCCUUCGGUGUGCUUCUGGCAUUGACUUUGCACAGACAUAAGCAUCCGCUUAACCUGUACCUGCUUUCCGGAUUUACUCUGUUGGAAGCUCUGACUGUGGCCUUUGUUGUUACUUUCUAUGAUGUAUAUAUUGUUCUGCAAGCUUUCGUACUGACUACCGCGGUAUUUCUUGGUUUGACUGUAUACACUCUACAAUCUAAGAGAGAUUUCAGCAAAUUUGGAGCGGGAUUGUUUACUGCUUUGUGGAUUUUGUGCUUGUCAGGAAUCUUGAAGUUCUUUUUUCACAGUGAGACAGUGGAGUUGGUCAUCGCUGCUGUAGGGGCCCUUCUUUUCUGUGGAUUCAUUGUCUAUGACACACACUCGCUGAUGCAUCGGCUGUCACCCGAGGAGUAUGUAUUUGCUGCCAUUGACCUCUACUUGGAUAUCAUCAAUCUAUUCCUGCACCUGUUGCGGUUUUUGGAAGCAGUUAAUAAAAAGUGAUUGAAAGAAAUGGAUUCAUUAAGUAAUUAAGUUUGAAAUAUAAUUAACUAUUAAA